AUGUUCUCAAGUUUAAGAGGCAAGAACCAACGACCUUUAUCAUCAUCCAUAAAUUCACAGGCAUCUCGAGCUACAAACACUACACAUGCUAAUACAAUCUCUUUGAGUUCAGGAAACUUAAUAGUGGGCUCCACGAAGAAAUUUAAAAUCGAAAGUAACACGUUAAGUGUUGGUGCUACAAGAAAUAGUAAUCAGUUAUCGCCAUCGUCGAUAUCCACUGGCUUCAGAGGCAAAGAUGGUGCAACUACAAGGAUUAAUAGCAAAGACGCGACACCGAUAGAGGAUAACAAGAAUAAAGUUCUUGAAUUGGUAUUGAUAUAUCACGAACCUAGAAGGUCAGAUGAAUUGAUCUUAUUAAAUAUUUCAGAAUUGAAUGGGAUUAGAAAAGGUGACCUUUGUGAAUUGAAGACUUAUAGUCAUCGUUCUACAUCAUCUUCUCCCAAGAAUAAAAAAAUAUAUUUUAUUGCCAAGGAUUUCGAUUCAGAGAUAAAAAUGCGAUGUAAAGGUGCAAAUAUUUCUAUUCAAUCCGGUCCAUUACAAAACCUUUUAGAUUUACCCUUGAAAUCAAAAGUUUGGGUAAAAUCCAUUAAUUCCAAGAAAAGUAAAUUAAGGGCUGACUUAAUUGAAAUAAAUAUAAAAGAUUGCCUGUUGAAUAGGGGUGAUAUGUGGGGGCUUUCCAAUCAACUUAUUAACACAUGUGUAUUUGCAGGACAAAAACUAUCCUUCUUAGAUUCCAUUAGAGGCACAGUGAAGGGAAUUUAUAGAGAUGGUAAAAAGAUAUUAUCUGGUUAUAUUAAUGAAGAUACAAAGAUUAUAUUUAGAUCUGAAUCAGCAAAACUAAUAUUCUUAAUUCAAAUAACUGAAGAAAUGUGGCAUUUCGAAGAAUCUGGUGAACAGUUAUUUCAAAAAAUGGUCAAUUCCUUCUUCCCAAAGAUUUUUAAAAAAUGGAAAGACAUUGAUACACAUCAUAAUAUUACAAUUGCAUUUGCCAUUUCAAUGGAUAAUUCUGAAGUCUCAUUUAAACAGUUAAAACCGGGAGAAAGGUUAUCCAAUACUACUGAUUAUUAUAGAAUUGUUGUAGAUGAGGUAAACAUUAUUCAUUGGGUAGAGAUUAUGGAAACUUUACGGAAAGAAUUUAUGCAUUUAACUAAGGACCUUUUAAACGUGAAAACUGAAAAGGGUUACACAAUAAUCAAGGGCAGAUUUGCACCCGUUAUAAAAUCAAACUUCUUAGAAUUAAUUAAUUUUGCAUCCACUGUUUUAAUAAACCCUUUUAGACAAUUGGAUCUGCGACAUACCACAACACAUGUGAUGAUUGUUACGCCGGGAUCAGGAUUAUAUGAUGUUGAUUAUGAUUUACUACGUUUAACAGGGAAAAAAUUAUUAUCCUUGGAGAUGACAAUGGAUUUGAUUUGUUUAUCAAAAGCUCCCCUACACGUGGUGCCAUUAUUUAGAUAUUUGGAUUAUGAAGGACAGUUGCAUAAUUGUAUUCCAAAUUGGUUUAGUAUAUUCUUCUGGAAUGACAUAGCAACGAAAAAGGAGCAGUGGUCACCUCGUUGUAAAAUUUAUGAUUUGCAAAUGAUGGGCUUAACAGAAAAUGAAAUAAGUGAAGAGCAGGAAAUAGUUUCUCUGAAAUGCAACAGGAAAAUUAAUUCAAUUGCCCGAUUUAUUGAUGAUUAUGAUGAUACUGUAUUUGAAUAUAACCACAUCUAUGAGGACAAUGAUUUACUUGGGAUGCCAUUUACAAGUAAAGGAGUCAUACCAAGAGUGAUGAAAAAAACGGUGCAUCCAAAAUCCACGUUCGUUUGGAAGGGUGCCAAAUUUUCUAAUCCUGUCAUUGAAGAUGUCCAAAGAACACAAGUACUGGCAAACAUUUAUACAUUAUCAAAUACGGAAGAUAUUGUUACGUCCGACCAGCUUGGCUACGGUGAAGGGGGCCUAACACCUGUAUUAUCAAGAGAUAAAAACACUUCUCUAGCUUUAGAUUCGUUAAAGGGUAUUACAAGAAAAAAUUCAGUCAGAGAUUUUACAAACAAACUUUUUAAUAAAUUCUUACCAACAAGAGAAAGAGAUAAUUCAGUGAAAUCACCACCUGAUCCUUUAAAGAAUGAUUUGAUGUUCGAAGGAAAAAGUUCAUCAUCUCCACCGGGUUCACUACCUCAAAAGACAGCAAUUGAAAAUAUUCCCAUAAUAAAAAAGAAUUUAUCUAUGUUUGAAAAAGAUAAUCAACAUGUGACCAGUUCUCCUGUAAAUAAUUCAUUUCAUGAUUCAUUAACUACUAUUCCUUCUUCCAAAUAUUCUGUUUCCAACGAUAGAAAGUUACAAUCCAUGGAAAGCUCAAAAAGCAGAGUCAAGAUGGAAGCCUUUAAGAAGGAUAAAAAUUAUUUUUACGUACCGAAUGAAACAUGGAUUGAGAUUAGAAAUCCAUCCAUUCCUGUUAGCAGCGACAUGGCAAGUGAAUUGCUUCCUGUCCGUUGGAAAGAUGUAUGGCCAAAGGACAUUGAAAAACGAUACAGUAAAUGGAGGUCCUUUACGACACCGGCAGAACUUCCUGUUACUAUUUCCAGUUUCCCUUCAGCUGAGGACUUUGAAAAGAAUUUUAUUUUCCGAAAUCAUUCAGUAACACUCAGUAUAGAUCAAGAGCUUUACAAUUUAACCUAUAAAGAUCUCUUGAAGAAUAUGAUUUACAUGAGGUUAGUUAUGGGAUUUCAAAUCUGUACUGGGGAGCAAAUAGAAAGAAUAGAACGACUUAAUGAUAAAGAUGUAGACGGUUCAGCUUGUAACAUCUAUAUCAACGAAAAAAACAUCAGUCAAUUCAAAAUAUACAUGAUGAUCGACCUUGAGAUUCAUAGAAUUGUUUGUGGCGAAAAUGGCACUAUAGAGGUUCAGAGAUAUUUGAUAAAAGAUGCUUUAAAUCCAUUCGACCAAUUUCCAAGUUACUUUCCUUUAGUUAAAACGAGGUAUCAGAAUGAUUUUCGAGAAGCGAAGAUCGAUCCUGUAAGAGUGACAAGAAAAUCCUUGAAUUGGAACCAAAUUGAUCAAACCCUAGCUGGUUACUCAGAUUUUGGUUCAGACAAAUCGUGGACAGGCUUCCGAUCAAAAUUUGUAGUGCUACCGUCAGACAUAUCCCCAACAGCAUUUUCUGCAAUAUCUAGUGGAAGGAAUGAAACAUUGAGUCCUGAAGAAAUUAGAGUGGAGGGUCUUCGUCGUUUAAUUGCUUCGAUUACAAAAUUCAGAUGGAAAACAGAAAAGGAGAAACAAGCUCAACGUAAUAGGAAGGAUGAAAUCCAACCUGAAGUGAUGUUCUACACUGGUUCCCUAUUCAGGUUUAUUAAUGAUCAACAAUAUUCCUUGGAACAGUCAGUCCUGAAUUUUAAAGAUUCAAUUUUUGUGAAAGGUGAUAAAAAUUUUAAUAAAGAUAUUGAUUUAUGGAAGCUAGCAACAGAUAUGCAACAUGGACCACAUUGCAUUAAGUUAGUCAACCGAACCUGGCAUUGGCGAAGACAUAAAAACUGUUUUGUGGGUUCAGAAAUGGUAAAUUGGUUGAUUCAAAACUUCGCAGAUAUCGAAACAAGAGACGAUGCUAUAAAAUAUGGACAGCAUUUGAUGGACAGCGGACUUUUUAAUCAUGUUCUGAGCAAGCAUAGUUUUUUGGACGGACAUUAUUUUUAUCAGUUCUCUCCAGAGUAUACAAUUAGUCCACCUGAAUUAUCUAAGAACGCUUCUGAUAAUGUAAUGCACUCUGAGAAAGUCCAUACUAGUGAAAAAAAAUUUCCAUCUGAUACUUCAGAUCUUAACAAUACAACGCUCUCGUUGGUAACCAGUACAAAUUCUCACGUAUCAAAUAAUGAAGAAUCAGAUGCGGCUGAAAGUCCCCAAGAUAAAGAUAAACCAAACGUGAUUUUGAGUAAUUCAGUUAUAAUCAAUGCAGAUCCAACCGGGAAAUCAUAUAAGCAGGAAACCUGUACCGUUCAUUAUGAUAGAGUUCAUAAUCCUGAACACUGUUUUCAUAUAAGAUUGGAAUGGCUAACAACCACACCUAAAUUAAUCGAUGAUAUGGUUGGUAACUGGUCAAGACUUUGUGAAAGAUAUGGUCUGAAAUUGAUUGAAAUACCAUGGGAGGAGUUGUGCACAAUACCCUCAGUCAAUCCAUUCCACUCAUUUGUGGAGAUCCCGCUGGCAAUUGAUCCUUGGACCGAUCCGGAAUUUGACGAUUUGGUACUUCUCACCAAGAGCAAGUUUUAUUAUCAUAUUCAUCUAUUAAAAUCCUCAGGUUUUCUUUUGGACAAUAGAGCAUCCAAGUUUUUACAAGAUAAGGAUAUUGAAUUUAAUAUAGCCUACUCAUGGGGGCGACCACAGUUCAAGUAUGCUCAGUAUAUUCAUUCAUCUGGUGCAUAUAUUGCAGAAAUAAGAGAGAAUGGUGAUUUAUUUCUUGCUCCGAACAAUGUUUACAUCUCUAGAGUGAAUCCAGCCAAUAUUGUUGGAAAAAUCCAUGCAUCACCAAAGCUUACAGUUGAUGCCCAAACGAUUAUGCUCCGUUUUAAGGAUACUUGCUCCAACUACGAAAAAUUGAGAAUCGUAUUCUUGGAGGCAAAGGAAAAAUGGCAUACAGACAAGGUGACUGAUGAGUAUUGA